AUGGAGCAACUCAAUAAACAAAUCGAAGAGCAAGCAGAUGAAUAAGAUAUUGUUGAGGAUUUAAACAUUGAAGGAGUGAAAAUCACAAAAUUCACUGAGGAAAUGGCUGCUCUCUUUACUAAACAUCAAUCGCUUCUAGGUUUGGCAUUUGAAAAAUGCGGAUUGACAACACUAGAGGGAUUCCCUAAAUUGAAGAAAUUAUAAAAUUUAGAGUUUUAAAACAAUUCUUUAACAGGAACAUCAAUUAAAUAUAUAGCAGAUAAUUUCAAAGAGUUGAUCAACUUGAAUUUAUCAUAAAAUAAUAUUAAGUCAGUUGAUGAUUUGAAACCCUUAGCUUCCCUAACCAAGCUAGAAUCAUUGGAGUUGAAGGAUAACCCUUUGACCAAAGAAGCAGGAUAUCAUAAAAAGGUGUUCCAACUUAUCCCAUCCCUCAAAGUGUUGGACAAUAAAAAUGAAAAGGGAGAGGAAGUCCUUGAUGAUGAGGGUGACGAUAAUGAUGAUGAUGAUGAUUUAGAUGAGGAUGAUUCAUUUGAUGAAAGUGAAGAAGAUGAUGAAGAAUCAGAGGAGCCAGCUAAGCCAGUCAAGAAAACAAAAAAAUGACAUUUUGCCCCAUUAAAACAUAUAAAAUACCGCCAAUAAUCAUUUCAAUA